CCGUGUGCUGUCACACUAUCUUUAUAAGCGGCUUGCCAAUUUUUAUUCUUUUGAAUUAAUCUAUUAAUUUCCUUUCAAGAUGAAGCUCGCUCCGACUGUCAAGCUGAACAAUGGUUAUGAGAUGCCAAUACUGGGCCUGGGAACUUACAAUUCCAAGGACAAUGAAGGAGAAGCUGCUAUAAAACAUGCCAUUGAUGUUGGCUAUCGUCACAUUGACACGGCCUAUUUCUACCAGAACGAGGCUGAAGUUGGAAAGGCAAUCCGCGAUAAAAUAGCCGAAGGAGUUGUCAAGCGGGAGGAUAUUUUCCUCGUUACCAAGCUUUGGAAUAUAUUCCACGAUCCAGCACUCGUUGAGGGAAUUUGCCGCAAGCAGUUGAGUAACUUUGGUCUGGAGUACAUCGAUUUAUAUCUGAUGCACAUGCCAGUGGGCUACAAAUAUGUUGACGAUACCACCCUUAUGCCAAAGGACGAGAAUGAUGUGCUGCAACUUAGUGAUGUCGACUAUUUGGACACCUACAAGGCCAUGGAGAAGUUAGUGAAACUGGGGCUGGUCCGCAGUAUUGGGGUGUCGAACUUUAAUAGCGAGCAACUGGCUCGGGUUUUGUCCAACUGUGAAAUCAAACCUGUCACUAACCAAGUGGAGUGCUCGCCGGCUCUCAACCAGAAGGCUUUGACGGCCUUUUGCAAGAAGAACGACGUGACUCUGACGGGCUACACUCCGUUGGGUAAACCAAAGCCAGAUGUUCAAAAGCCCGACUUUAUUUAUUCCCCAGAGGUGACGGCCAUAGCCAAAAAAUACGGAAAGACUACACCCCAAGUAGUGCUGCGCUAUUUGGUGGGUCUUGGAGUCAUUCCAAUUCCCAAGUCAUCGAAUACCAACCGAAUUUCCGAAAACUUCAAUAUCUUUGAUUUUGAGCUGACUGCCGAGGAGAGCGCCGUGCUUGAUGGAUACCACACUGGUGAACGUGUUGUUCCAUUAAAUUUGAUCAAGGGCCUGAACCACAAGUACUAUCCCUUUGCCAUUGAAUUUUAAGCCAGAUGAAAACUGUCCUGGUAAAAUUU